UCCUCUAAUAUAAAUCCAUCUCCAACCAAACAAGAAAAAAUUAAUUUGGAACAAUGGCAACGAAGUCUAGUGGUAUUGUCCUUGCCUCUGCCCUUUGCUUCUUGUCCCUCCUCGGCUUCGCUUACUGCGCCGAUAACCUGAGUGUGGAUGGCCUUGUUUACUGUGACAGCUGCCGUAUCCAGUUUAUGACCAGGAUCAGUGAGGCCCUUCAAGGUGCAAAGGUGAAGUUGGAAUGCAGAGACCGGGAAGGCGGGACCAUAACCCUGAGCAGCGAGACAGAGACUGAUGAGCAAGGAAGGUACCAAAUUCCGGUGGAAGGAGACCACGAAGAGGAGGUUUGCGAGGUGGUAUUGGUGAAGAGCCCCAGAGAUGACUGCAGCGAGAUUAGCACUGACUCUCAUGCAAAGUUGAGCGCGAGGAUCAGCCUCACAAACAACAAUGGCAUCGCCGGACCCCAUCGCAUUCCAAACCCUCUUGGUUUCCUCAAGAAGGAACCCGACGCUCAGUGCGCUGAGGUCCUCAAGGAGCUUGGCCUAACCCCAGAAGGCGACCUUGCAUAAUGAAGUCGUCAUCGUGGUCGUGGUCGUGGUCAUCGUCAUCAUCAUGAUUAUCAUCAAUGAUCAAUGAUCAAUGUUUUCUUUUCUUUUACAUAAUUCAAUUCAAUAGGAAAUAAAUGGGGUUUUAGUAAUUUUCCCUACCAAUCCAUUGUGAUAUGUAAGUGAGAAAUUGAAUUUAUACAUGGAUCUAUAUGCAGUAGCAGUACAUUAAUAAUUAGGGGUGUAUUUUUGUCUAGGCUGGCUAAUCAAUAUUAAAUUUGAUUUCGACUGUUGGUUUUUAA